AUGUAUGGCCCCUGGGCCAGGCAGGUGGCCUCCAAGCCUCAGUUUCUUCCCCCGAAGAAUGAGGGUAGCAGUAAUGCCCUCCAGCUUGCUGUGAAGAGGACCACGCCUGGCCGCGGCCGGCCCACCGGUCCCCCGUCCUCCACCCCCACACCCACGGUGCUGGAGACCUGUGCCUGCUCCCUUUCCCCACUAGCCGCCGGCUCCCCGGCCCGGCUCCCCGGCCUCCUGAGCCCCGCCUGCCCGCCCAUGUUGGUGAGGGCUCCCUGUGCCGGCCUCGUGCUGCAGCUCAGGGGUGGGCCGGCCAGCUCCGUUUUACAGGAUAAAACGUCCAGCAGUUUGCAGAUAGCCAGGCCCCAGAAGGCUGUGCUCGCCCUUCCCUGGAGAGAAGGGGUCCAAGCAGCUGCCGCUGGGCCCAUCCUCUCGCCCAAGCUGAAGGGCAACUGCCUUGACCACCCCCUGCACCAGGGGCUCCUGUACCCCACAUGGUGCCUCUGCGGGUCCUCCUCUGCUCCAGCUCCCAAGUCAUCAAAGAAGCCCAAGAUGCAGACUGCUGGGGACAUGUUCCCCAGCGACUGGAGCCCACCGCCCGUGGAGUUCCUGAGCCCGAGGACCCCGCAGGCCAGCAGGGGAGUCCCAGCCCAGAGGCCGGCAGGCGCAGCGGGGCCUCAGGGCCUGAGAAGACUAGCCCAUCAGCCGCCCCAGGGCCCCGACCCUGUUGGGGGCCUGGCCUCCCUGGAGGAGCCCUUAUGGAACGUGGCAGGCACCAGCCCGAAGGUUGCAGCUCCAGGGCUCACUUCUGGGAGCUCCAAGUGCUAUGUCAAUAGCUUGGAUUACUUACUGCAGGAGAAGAGGGAACAGGCCCUGGAGCAGGAGCGAGAGAAGCUGCUUCUGCAGGACUGUCGUGACCGCAACUCCUUGGAUCUUGAUGAAGAUGAAGUGCCACUCACACCUGAGCACAGGAAGCUGGUAGAGAGGUUCUCCAUGUCACUGCACGUCAUCCCAGCAGUACAUCCAGGCGAGACUGUAUUUCUACCCAGGCAUCACCCCCUGCCCUGCAUCCUGGACUGUUCACACCUGAAGCCACGGAGCCACCUGGAAGAGCUGUUCCUCAGCUCCCCGCCGGCCCAGCAGCUGUCCUUCCUGCGCAUCGGCCUUCUGAGGAGCCUCUACCUGCCUGCGGGCCACCGCCCCAAGCCCCUGCUCCGGUGGUUGUUCCAGCUGCUGACAUGGCCUCCAGAAACUUCUUUGGGAGCCUUUGGUCUCCUGUGGGACCUCAGCAUGGAUGGGCUCUUCUGUCAGCCCUCUGAAUAGCGCCACUUGUGGUCCCCCUCCCUGCAAGAGAUCACGGCUGCAUUCAAGAGCCUGGGGGCCCACAGCCCUGCUCUGCAGCCCCUGGGGCCCCUCCAGCACAGCGAGCGGUAAUUGCCAGGCGAGGCUAGCCUGAGCUGGAGUGAGGAGCAGAACACCCCCGAGGAGAUGGCCUUGGACAGCAGCCUGAGCUACAUCUGUAAGUUCCUGACGCUGUGUGCACUGGCCCAGCCAGGGGCCUACACCGACGGGAGCCUCCUGCGCCUGAUUGAGCUGCUGUGCCGAGCCGGCCUGGACGUGCGGCUCCGCCUGCUGCCCAAGACCGACCUCCAGCAGCUCCUGCUCCUGCUCCUGGAUAACAUCCAGGAGUGGCCAGGGAAGCUCCGGCAACUGUGCUGCACCCUGAGCCUGGCCUCCGAGCACCACCACAACCUGCUGGCGCUCGUGCAGCUCUUCCUGGACGUGCCCUCCCGUAGCAGGCAGCUUCGACGCCAGCUCAGCCUCGUGGUCAUUGCUCGGCUGCUGGACCAGCAAGAGUCGCUCCCUCUCUGGCAAGAGAAGGCCCAGCUGUCCUCGCUCAGCCAGCUCCUGAGCCUCAUGAGGCCAUCAACCCUGGGGCAGUACCUGGGCCCUGAGACCAUGCUGCCUGGCCAGGAGCAACAGCCAAAGGCCAGAGCCCAGCUAGACCACAAGGUCUGCUACCUGUGCCACAGCCUCCUGACACUGGCCGGGGUGGUGGUCAGCUGCCAAGACAUUACUCCAGACCAGUGGGGAGAGCUGCACCUGCUGUGCGUGCAGUUGGACCGCCACAUCAGCACCCACAUCCGGGAGAGCCCCCAGGCCACGCACUGGACCAAACUCAAGGACCUGGCUGCCCAGACCUACGUCCGCUGGCAGGAGCUGCUGGCCCACUGCCAGCCCCAGGCCCAGUACUUCAGCCCCUGUAAAGAUGUUUAAUGGAGCAGGGUAGGGGUGGCCCAGCGCUCCUGGCUCUGGCCAAAGUGCACAUGGCCCAGGUAACUGGAGGCAUGAAGAAUGGAGGCCAGAGGAGGACCUGUCAGCUGCAGCAAGCACCUGCCUUCCCCGCUGCCCUGAGCCUCUCCAGGCAAGGCUCCUGCCCUCUCGCUGCCCAGCCCACCUCUGAGCUCUCCUUCUCUUCCCUGCAAGGCCUUUGUUUCCAAAGCUCUGGUUUCCCUAGGCCUCCAGGGCCCUCCAGCCACCAUCCUCCCCAGCUUCCUUCCCCUCUCUGUGUAUCCCUAAUGUGAGAGUUCUUUGUGCACAGUAAAGUUUCAUUUCAGCAUCAGCA